AUUUUAAAACUUUUAUUGUGUAUAAUAAUAAUUAUUAAAUAUGUUUUUAAUUUUAAUAUUUUCAUUAGCUUUUGCUAGCUCAUUUGCCCAAAUACCAAAUUUUGGAAAUCGAAAUCUUACUCCAAUGGAAAAUUUUAAUAAAUCAGCGUUUGCUGGUCAAUGGUACAUUGUUACAAGAACUCCAAAUAUUUUUGAAGCCGGUCAAAAUUGUCCAGUAUUUACUCACUCAUUGAAUGAACAAACUGGAUCAUUUAAUUCAGUACUAUCUACAAAAAGUGCAAUAACAAAAGAAUACCGUUUACAGACAGCAACCAAUGAAGCAAUUGAAGAUCAUCCAUCUGUUUUUAAUAGUUAUUAUGACUACCUUUUACCAAUGGGACAAUUUGCCAUUUUAAGUACUGAUUAUAAAAAUUAUGCAGUAGCAGCAUUGGCUUAUCCAAAACUUUCCUCAAGCUAUUUACAGAUUAUAUGGGUAUACUCAAGAACACCAGUACUAGCUCAUGAAUAUUAUCAAAUUGCUUCAGAAUGUUUAGCUGCAAAUAAAAUUCCAGCACAUGCAUUGAAACCAGCUAAACAAAGUGAUUGUUAAAAAUGAUUAAAUAUAAUUGAAGAAAUAUUAAUAAAA